AUGAAGGCCGCAAUCAUCUUCACGGCCAUUGCGGUCACCGUCCCCGGAUCGGUUCUUGCCAUCCCCAUUGUGGGGCCAGAUGGCUGCAUUCCGCCGAGCCACAACUUGGACCGACCUACCAACUACAUUGAGGGCCACAGAGUUGAGGCCAAGCCAGCAAAAGACCAUGGUGUGAAGAUCGACAUCACCGUGAGCUGUGAGCCGCCGAAUAAGUGCAAAGAAACGGGACCAAAGAAGACGGGCACGGAAACCUCGGACACCCAUUCUCCCUUCUCUUGGUAUGCGCUAAAUCGCUGGGCUCGGGGCGUUGACGAGGGCAGCAAGAAAGAUCAGCCCCACGUACCCAACCCGAAGAGUAGAGAAUGGGGCCUCCAGUACGAUAAGAAGCUCCCACCCUUGCAACAGGUGGAAAGCAAGGAUGGAAACAAAAACGAGGAUGGCCCCCAAGGCCGGACUCGGAAGUUCCCCGGAGUUGCCGGCAUAAUAGAAGUGCCCUAUUAG